AUGUUUUUGCAGAUGAACACUCAAAUUUCCAUGCGAAACUUGCUAACAAGCUGCUCAAAAGCCAUCACAGCAGAGAGAAAUAAUGCGUGGAGAGCAAGUUUGGGAAAAAUCAGCCGUCGAGACUACUUGCAUCGGUACCAAGUUAAAUUUAUCCGUCCGGAUGGUUCGACAAUCAUGGUUCCCGCCGCUGAACCGAGACAGACAUUCCAAUCUGCCGUCGACCUCAAACAGUUGAGCGAGGAUGAACGACGACAACGGCUGGCUGCUCGUAAACCAAAAGCCAAGAUCACAAAAACAGAAGUUAUCGAUGACACCUUCGAUGAGUCGGAGUAUAUGAAGUUUUGGUCGGCACCCGGGCAGAAAUCCACGAAAAAAUAAGAAAAAUCUCGUUAUUAGCAUGUAGUAUUUCUUUUUUUUUGUUAGAUUUUUUGUUUUCGUUAUAUUUACUAUGAAUAUCGACUUUAUUCU